AUGCUACUAACUGAUGAUUAUAACGAUUCGCCGGACUCGUCUUGUCUUGGUCAUGAAAUAUUAGUGGAUUUGCCAUGCGCUCUUUACGAUGCCAUUGUCCUUGAUGAUCCUCCACCUGACUUUCUUCAGUCUGACGGAGAAGAUGACCAACCAGUACAUAAUGUAGACAUCGAUGACACUGAUGCGGCUCUGGAUGCUCUUUGCGUAUUCGAUAACAUUGAUGACCCUUCAGCUGCCGAAUUUGUUGAGCCUGACGAAGAAAUUGUCCAGUCAAUGAUUGCUGAUUCAGCUAACGAAGAGUUGCUCUUGCAGGAAUCAACACUUGAACUUUGCGAAGACCAUCGUGAGGAAAUUAUUCUCAGUAGUCUUUCUAUUUAUGACUCGCUUGAGAACGCUGCUAGGGAUGAAAUACCGGAUGCUACUCUUGAAGCCAACGAUCUCAAUCAGCUUAUAGAGGAUUCAGCCGAUUAUCCACCUUCAACUUCGGAGGAGUUUAUUACUCAAUCCUUUGAUCAUCUUUCGAGUCGGAUGAGAGGACAAUUUCUAACCCCCCUUUUUCCCACAAUCGCGCCUCCAGACGAAGAUAUUCUUUCUUCAUUAUUUACAUUUGACCGUUCCUUGCCUGGAAUGCAUAAGGUGACUUAUAUAUCCUUAUUAUUAUUUAACCUGGAUAUUAAAAAAUAG